AUGGCAUCUCACCUCUCCCCCAUGCUUCUCCAGUUGAAGGCUAGCGCACUUAGGUCUCUUGCCGUAGCAGUUGGUGUCAAUUCUACUGGUGCGAAAGCGCAGCUUGCGGCCAGAAUUGCAAAAUCUUGCUGCGAGGACGUUGGAUUUUUCGACAGGUCUUUAAAAUGUUGUGAGAAGGAAAGGUCUCAAGAGGAAAAAGAGGUGGAAAUGAGGAGGGUGGAAACGGGGCAGAGGACAAAAAGAGUCCUGAGUAUUGAUAUGGGGAUUAGGAACCUGGCAUUGUGUGUGAUAGAGGUUCCCAUUGGGGGGAAGAGUCCAGUUGGGGAAGCACUCCCGAACGUGAUAGCCUGGGAAACUAUUUCUAUUUCUGAACGGCCAGUAGAGCCAAUUACAUCGGAGGAAUCAGAGACAGGCCCCACAGUCACUCCAAAAAAGAGAGGCCGGAAAUCAUCAAAACCAGAUUUGGACGGAUCAGUAAUUCCAGCAAAACCUCGAAAACCGAAGAAAAGCACAGAGUCCUUCGAACCUUCCAAAUUUGCAGUUAUAGCGAACACUUUUGUUCGUAAAACACUAUCUCGUUUCUCGCCGGAUGCCAUCAUCAUAGAACAACAACGAUAUAGGUCACAAGGGGCUUCCGCAAUCCAACAGUGGACGAUCCGGGUUAACAUGCUUGAGGCUAUGCUUCACGCUCUUUUCCAUUCUGUAGGAUAUGCAGGGGACGGUGAAAAUGCACAGCGAAAGAGCCCAGCAGCGGAGAGUGUUUCUCCUAGCAGGGUCAGUGGAUUUUGGAUCGACAAAGUUGGCAAAACGUUUGAGAAGAAAAGUGAUAAAUCACAUAACUACCCCGAGGGGGUGGUAGAGGGGGUAGUGGUAGAAGACGGGGGGGCGGGAGAGAUGGAGGGGAUGAAGAUGAACAUAAGUAAGGGUUUGAGGGAAAUAGGCCAAGAUGUGGAUACAGAGACCACGGGGAAGAAGGCUUUCGGGAAUAUAAAGCAAGCAAAGAUAUCUCUAGUGUCCGAAUGGAUCAAGAAUGGAGAUGUGAUAUCGUUCAACCAGGAAGUAGCAGAUACGGUUGAUGACUUUGUCCCGCUCGAGACGGUCAAUGGGAAGAAAGCAAAGAGAACACCUGGGAAGAAGCUGGACGAUCUUGCCGAUUGCCUGCUGCAAGGAGUGGCGUGGUUGCGCUGGGAAGAAAAUCGGAGGAGUUUGGCUGAGGGGAGGUUAAUUCCCGAACUUUUGCCGUGCAAAUGUAUAUCAUGUCAAGACAAACAUUCAUAA